GUCACCAUCCCAUAAUAUUUUGUGACACUGCACUCGACUCACAGACUGGAUAUAAACUAACGGACUAAACUGCCGUCAUACGUGUAACGAGCCAGAGAAAACCAAGAGCGUAAUCCUCGACUCAUCCUAUCCCUGCAAGCUUCACUAUCCUGUAUCAUCAUGACCAAGAUCAUCGCUGUGUUUGGAGCCACAGGUGCUCAAGGAGGUUCAGUAGCAAAAGCUCUCUUGGAGGAUGGUACCUUCGUUGUCCGAGCUGUGACCCGGGACCCCAGUAAGCCGGCAGCGUUGAAGCUGAAAGAGGCCGGAGCAGAGGUGGUGGCUGCUGAUCUAGAUGACAAAAAGAGUUUAGAAGCUGCUCUUUCCGGGGCCUAUGGAGCUUUCGUAGUCACCAACUUCUGGGAGCAUUUCAGUAAAGACAAAGAGAUUGCACAGGGAAAACUGAUUGCAGAUAUUUCAAAAAGCCUGGGAUUAAAGCAUGUCGUUUUCAGUGGUUUGGAAGAUGUCAAGAAGCAAACUGGUGGGAAGCUGGAGGUCCUUCACUUUGAUGGAAAGGGAGAAGUGGAGGUGUACUUCAGAUCUAUUGGAGUCCCAAUGACCAGCAUCAGGCUUCCCAGCUAUUAUGAGAACAUACUAACCUUCUUCAGGCCCAAGAAAUCAGAUGAUGGGAAGACCUACACUCUAAGUAUCCCGAUGGGUGAUGUCCUAUUUGAUGGAAUGUCUGUAGCAGAUCUUGGCCACGUGGUGGUCAGUAUCCUGAAGUCUCCAUCAGAAUAUGCAGGGAAGGACAUUGGGCUGAGCACAGACAAGCUAACGGUGGAGCAGUAUGCAGCCAUAUUGUCCAAGGCCACAGGCAAGACCAUCAAAGAUGCCAAAGUUUCUCCUGAUGCAUAUGAAAAGUUGGGAUUCCCUGGAGCAGCUGAGUUGGCAAACAUGUUCCGUUUUUACCAGAUGAUACCCGACCGUGACGUGUCUCUCACAUUGAAACUGAACCCUAAAGCCAAAAGGUUUCAGCAAUGGGCAGAGGAGAACAAGGCUGCAUUCAAAGACUUGUAACCAAUGCCUGCUGUUUACUCCAAGCCACAUUUCAUAAACCCUACACCCAUGAUCCGUCCAUGGACCAUCAAUUGUAAUCUUCUAUAAAUGGACUGAAUUAAAAGCUUAACUAGUCAAAGACGGUUUACUGUGUCGAACACUUCAAACACAGACACAAAUUCUUUAUUUUGUAAUAAAUCUAAUAUAUUCUCUA